AUGUCCUCCCGGCUACGACAAUCGGGAGGAACUCCCCUACGAUCAGAUUCACCACUGAAACGCGAAAUCGGACGGAGCCAGCAAGGAAUGAGCUUCAUCGGUUCACCAGCGACGCCGACCGGCCGGGGCACAGCGCUGAACUCGUCCCAGCGACUGAGCUCCAGUCAAGGGGCUGGCGGACGGAUAGAGAAGGAGGAGUGGAUCGCGGACGGACCGAAGAAGAUUGUCAUUGAGACGAAGGAGACCAUCUUCAAGCCGACGACACCAGAGACGGGACCGCAGGCGCCAGUCAUCCCGCAACGAUGGCUCGGCGGCGAUGAGCAACGGCGGUUGAUCAUAUGGGCGAUUGCACUGAUCGAGCUUUGGGACGCUGCGGCUCCCCACUUCACUUCCGAUCUGCCGACAACGCUUUCGAGCGCGGCUCGCAUCAGAGGUCCAGUCAGCGCCGCUCUAUGGGGCGUCGCCGAGUUUGUUCUGCUCUGCCUCGUCUCGCUUCUUCGGGUACCUGGGUUCUCCCCGAUGCCUUCGAAGCCUGUCGGGAUCCUUCUGCUCGUUCUGCUCCUCGCGGGGUGGAACCUUCUGUGCUGGUUUGUUGCCGAUCCGCGAGCGUUCAUCCCGACUGUCCGGAUGUUUGGCCCUGUUCAUCUUGGAGAGGAAGGCUUCUUCUGGGGCUGGCUCUACAUGAUUGGGCACUUCAUUAAGAGGAUCACGGUUGGUGCUCCCGAGCAUAUCCAGGGCAUUCACCACAUUCGCAUGCUGCCCUACAGCACGGCGACCAUCAACCCGUCCUCGUUCACGUACUGCAUCCCCCAGGGCAGCCGGGAGCCGAUGUACAUCCCGGUUCUGUUCAACAACUCGGACCCGGACCAGGUCGCGUACAGGACUUCGUCUCUCGUGGACGGCGAGAACGGCAAGAACCAGACGCACUCGGUCUACGCCUCGCACAUGAAGGUCGCCAAGUCGCACCGCGGCUUCAGCUUGUCCCGUGACGAGGGAGAUGAGGAGGACGAGGCAGAGACGAUCCGCGACCUCGUCCGCGCUUCCAAGCAGCUCGACGCCGCCAAGCUCUCCAGCAUCAAGGCUGCCGACAGCCUCCUCGCACCUCUGGCGAUCACGCUGAAGGAUACGGAGUCUAUCCGUUUCCUGGAGAUCAAGGAGCCCAGCGUUGUGACCCUGCUGAAGGUUGUGGACAAGCACGGCGACCGCUUCAACGUGAACCCGCACCGGGAGGCUGUCAUCUACGAAUGCCCCUCUGGCGGCGACUUUGUUGAGACAAACAAGAAGGGCAAGACCGUCACUUACCCUGGUGUCAAGGAUGCGCCUCCCGAGCUGCGCUGCGUUGGCUCUGAAGACUUGGUCAACUUCCAGGUCCGUGGUGUGGCCCCGCUGCACGUCACCUACAACCGUAUUGUCGAUGGCAGCGUCGUCAGCGGCGGAGAAGUCAAGGGCAUCGAGGACGAGCAGCCUGACGAGCUCUUUAGCCGUGUCAGCAAGAUGCACAACGUCCCGCUCCGACUUCGCCACGACCUCAUCGGCACAGAGGAAAUCACGCUCGCGUCCGUAGUCGAUGGACUCGGCAACACGCACACGCCUACGGGACCGGGUGCGACUAUGGCUUUCAACGUUCUGCAGAAGCGCUCCGUCUCCUUCAACUGCCCCCGCCCCAUCGAGCUGCUCGUUGGUGGCGCCGCCAAGCUUCCCGUCGAACUCCAUGGUAGCGCGUCUAAGGGACUCAGCGUCAACUACACGUUCACGAACGCCGCCGGUGGUGUCUCCGCUCGCGACCUCGAGGUUACGGACCAGCGUGCUUACAUCGACGUUCACGAGCCCGGCAAGUUUACGCUGCAUUCCAACGACGUUGGAUCCGCAGUCGCGUUCGAGUUUACUGGUACCCCGCCGUACACUGUUUUCUAUACCGAGCAGAAGAAGGGCAGCCCCGCUGUGAAGAAGCAGCAUGUCUUCCGCGGUGCCGGUGGCGAGCUCGUCCUGAAGCCGGAGCGCGAGGGCAAAUACACCUACACGUUCUCCGGCCUGAACGACGCGCGCUACACUAACAUUCCCAUCGACUACCCGGCCAUUCACCAGGUCGUGCGACCGCCCGCGAGCAUUAUUCUCACCGGCUCGAAGCACCGCCAGCUGUACCACUGCUCGCCCGACGAGGUUGGCGUCGAGCUCGAUGUGCAGGGCAACGAUCCGCUCAAGCUGCAGUACCGCACCAACUGGGCUGGCCAGUCGAUGAACACGACCGUCCCGAUUAAGUCUGGCAAGCAAGUCCUUUCGGUGCCCGUGCCGAAGGAGUUACACGCGUACACUGGCGCUUCCGGCCGCUUCGUCAUCACCCUCGUGUCAGUCGAGGACUCGAACGGAUGCGUCAAGCGCCUGCAGUCGCAGCAGAUUGACGUCGACAUUGACCGCCACACACCCUCUGCACGCUUCGCCGCCAGCGAGCGGGUCACGAUCAAGGAGGGCUCCCAAGUCAACGCUGCGCUCCGCUUCACCGGAAACGGACCCUGGACGCUCGAGUACACGCUCGACGGCAAGCCUCAGCCCGCGUUUAAGACACGCGAGUCGAACAGCCAGCUGCAGCUGAAGCAGAAGGGUCUGUAUGUCCUGACGUCGGUCAGGGACGCGCACUGCCCCGGAGACAUUGACGAGUUUGACGCCAAAUACUCGGUCGACUUCCUGCCGAAGCCCGUCGCGUCGCUCGCCGAGUCGAGUUUCAUCAAGUCGGUUGGCAACGGCAAGUACCGCACGUCCGGAGUGUGCUCGGGUCAGGAGGAGGGUGCCGCCAUCGCGUUCGAGGGCGCCUCUCCUUUCGCGAUCAGCUACAAGGGCUACGUCGACAACAGCGGCGGCCAGACUUCUGUUCUGAACAGCGCGCAGAACACUGGCGUGCUGCACCUCGCGUCCGAGAAGCCAGGCACGUACCUCUACAAGUUCUUCAAGUUGACCGACUCGAACUAUGAGGACACCAAGGUCGACUUUAGCCUUGAGCACACUGUGCACGGACGGCCGAGCGGCAUUUUCUCGCGCCAGAACACGCUCAACCUGUGCCGCGACACCAAGCUCGAGACCAACGCCAAGCUCAAGCUCACGGGCCAGCCGCCGUUCACGGUGACGCUGGGCGUGCGCCGUCCCGCGAGCGCAGAGCUCAUCGAGCACAAGGUGCAGGUGCCCGGCCGCGAGUGGGAUGUGGAGCUGGACGAGACCGUCGCCGCUGUGGGACGGUACGAAAUCGUGCUGCUCGAGGUCGCGGACGCUAGUGGCUGUCCGUACGCGCCCGCGUCGGCGGACAGCAUCGCGACGCCGGUCGACGUGGUGGAGACGGCGCGCGUGGUCCCCCUCUCCAAGGACCAGGACGUGUGUGUGGGCCAGACGCUCAAUUUCGAGCUGCAGGGCAAGUCCCCCUGGCUGGUCGAGUACGAGUGGCAAGGGCGGCGGUACGAGGUGACCUCUUCGUCGGCGCGCUUCACGCGCGAGGCCGAGAAGCCGGGCGUGUUCCAGAUCCACUCUGUGGCGCUGAAGGACCGCCGGGGCCAGGCACAGUGCAAGCGCACCAUUGACGGGCUGAGCAAGACGGUCCACCCCCUCCCCUCGGUGCGCAUCCAGGACGGCACGCAGCACCUGCACGAGGGCGACCAGCCUGCCAUCUUUGGCGUGAAAUUCCAGGGCACGCCGCCGUUCACGUUCACCUAUGUCCGGUUCGAGAUGAGCAAUGGCAAGAAGAAGGUCGAGGAGACAUUGACUAUAAGCGAGAUUUGGGAGUAUGAGUACUGGAUCAGCAGCUCGACGCCGGGCGACUACGAGGUCACGUCGAUUGCGGACAAGUACUGCCGCUUCCCGCCGCUGGGCGCGAGGGAGGACGUAUGA